UGUAUACUUGGUUCAGUUUUAGGUUGGAGACACAUUUCCAGCUACCAAGAGAUCUGAGCGAAUUAUGGGCCUGACAGAAACUAAAGCAAAUAUUGCCGAAUGUCGGUUGUCAUAAAUGGCACUGUCCUCGAAUCAUGAAAAUGUUGAAUUUACAAUGAUUUGCAAUAGAUGGUGCAGAAAUACCUUUUAUUUCAGUAUUCAUUAAAUACUACAGCCCCAUAUACUGUGGUUGGGCUAGAUAAAGAGGCAAUGAGUGUGGAAUUUCUCGCGAUAAUCCUUGUUGAUUCCGGUCCUGUCGGUGUUGAAUGAUUCCGUAAAGAUGGCGGUCAGCAUCCGAGGCCGUCCGAGUCGAAGCAUUCGGAUGCGAGGUCGGAAUGACAGUGGGGAGGAAAAUGUACCACUCGAUCUCUCCAGAGAUCCUUCAGACAACCUUCGGGAAAUCCUUCAGAAUGUUGCCAAGCAACAAGGAGUCUCCAACAUGCGCAAACUCGGUCACCUGAACAACUUCAUAAAGCUUCUCUGCAAUGCAGGCCACUCAGAGGAGAAGCUUGGGUUUACACAUGAAGAGAUCGUCAUCUGUCUCCGGUUAGCGCUGUUAAAUGAGGCUAAGGAGGUGCGAGCUGCAGGGCUGAGGGCUCUACGCUACCUGAUCAGAGACAGCUCUAUUCUCCAGAAGGUCCUCCGUCUUCAGGUGGACUACCUGAUCGCCAGGUGCAUAGACAUCCAGCAAAGCAAUGAGGUGGAAAGGACACAGGCUCUCAGGCUGGUGCGAAAGAUGAUCACAGUGAAUGCACUGCUCUUCCCCUCGUCUGUCACCAACUCCCUUAUUGCCGUGGGCAAAGAUGGGCUACAGGAGCGAGACCGCAUGGUGCGCGUCUGUAUCGCCAUCAUCUGUGAACUUGCUGUGAAGAACCCUGUGGUGGUGGCUCAGAGGAGUGGUCUCAGCACCAUUCUGAAGAAUGUGAUCGACUGUCAGCUGAGCCGCAUCAACGAGGCACUCAUCACUACCAUCCUACACCUCCUCAACCACCCACACACACGCCAGUAUGUGCGCUCAGAUGUGGAGCUCGAGCAAAUCCUGGCCCCGUACACAGACUUUCACUACAGACACAAUGCAGACACAUCAGAGGGGCAACUCAAGGAAGACAGGGAAGCUCGAUUCCUGGCCAGUAAGAUGUCCAUAGUUGCUUCCUUUCGCUCCUGGUCAGGCAUCAUUAACCUGUGCAAGACAGGCAACUCUGGAAUCCAAUCUCUUAUUGGCCUGCUCUGUAUACCAAAUGUGGAAGUAAGGAAAGGCUUGUUAGAGGUGAUGUAUGAUAUAUUCUGGCUCCCCAUGCCUGUUGCGACCGCAGACUUUAUUGAAGCACUUAUCAGUGUGGACCCCAGUAGGUUCCAAGACAGUUGGAGGUUAUCAGACGGCUUUGUGGCUUCUGAAGCCAAAUGUAUCCUUCCACAUCGAGCUCGGUCAAGGCCUGACCUAAUGGAUAACUACCUGGCUUUGGUACUGUCUGCCUUCAUCAAGAGUGGACUUCUUGAGGGUCUGAUUGAGGUUAUCACAAGCACCGAUGACAACAACGCUGUGCGAGCCAUCAUUCUACUGGGAGAACUGCUUCACAUGGCCAACACCAUCCUCCCACACUCCCACAGCCACCACCUGCACUGCCUGCCCACACUCAUCAACAAGGCUGCCUCUUUCGACAUCGCCCAGGAGAAGAGACUACGGGCGAGUGCAGCGGUCAACUACCUGAAGCGCUUCCACGAGAAGAAGAAGAAAGGACCCAAACCCAAUAGCCUGUACCUGGACCACAUCAUCCGCAAAUCAAAGGCUUCACACUACUGUAGAGACCAGCACUUUAGACCACAGAGAGAUAUCUUUGUCAUUAAGGACACUGAGGAUGCUCUCAUGAUGAACCUGAGAGACAGCCACAUCCUGAACCACAAAGAGAACCUGGACUGGAACUGGGUUCUCAUCGCAACAAUACUGAAGUGGCCCAACGUUAACCUGCGGAGCAAUAAAGAUGAACAAAUACACAAGUUUGUGCGCAGGCUGCUGUUCUUCUAUAAGCCCAGCAGUAAGCUGUAUGCCAGCCUGGAGCUGGACCACAGCAAAGCCAGGCAGCUCACUGUGGUGGGAUGCCAGUUCAUUGAGUUCCUCCUGGAGUCUGAUGAGGAUGGGCAGGUGUACCUGGAGGACCUGGUGAAGGACAUAGUCCAAUGGCUCUCAUCAUCUUCGGGGCUGAAGCCCGACCGCAGUCUCCAGAGCAACGGGCUGCUCACCACCCUCAGCCAGCACUACUUCCUGUUCCUGGGCACUCUUUCCUCACACCCGCACGGCGUCAAGAUGCUGGAGAAGUGCAGUGUCUUCCAGUGCCUGUUGAACAUCUGUACACUGAAGAGUCAGGACCACCUGCUGAAGCUCACUGUGUCCACACUGGACUACAGCCGUGACGGGCUGUCCAGGGUCAUCCUGUCCAAGAUCCUCACCGCUGCCACUGACAACUGCAGGCUGUAUGCCACUAAACACCUGCGGGUGCUGCUGCGUGCCAACGUGGAGUUCUUCAGUAAUUGGGGCAUCGAGCUCCUGGUCACCCAGCUCCACGACCGCAACAAGACCAUCUCCAUGGAGGCACUGGACAUACUGGAUGAGGCCUGCGAGGACAAGGCAAACCUCCAUGCUCUGAUCCAGAUGAAGCCAGCUCUCACACACCUGGGGGACAAGGGUGUCCUGCUGCUGCUACGGUUCUUGUCCAUUCCAAAGGGCUUCUCCUACCUCAAUGAGAGGGGCUACGUCACCAAGCAGCUAGAGAAAUGGCAGAAGGAGUAUAACCUGAAAUAUGUGGACAUGAUAGAGGAGCAGCUGAACGAGGCUCUCACCACGUACCGUAAACCUGUCGACGGAGACAACUAUGUACGUCGAAGCAACCAAAGGUUACAGAGGCCAAAUGUUUAUCUUCCUGUGCAUCUGUAUAGCCAGCUUGUCCAUGACAAGACAGGCUGCCAUCUACUGGAAGUCCAGAAUGUGGUUCCUGACCUAAGCUACACUGUUCGCUCCCCAAUGCUGGACAAGUGGGAGGGCAUUAAACAGCUUAAGGCAGCACUUUGGGCCUUGGGUAACAUAGGGUCGUCAAACUGGGGGUUGAACCUCCUGCAAGAGGAAGGGGUGAUCCCUGACAUAGUGGUUCUGGCUCUGCACUGUGAGGUUCUCUCCGUCAGAGGGACGUGUCUGUACGUGUUGGGGCUGAUCUCGAAGACGCGUCAGGGCUGUGACAUGCUGAAGCAGCACGGCUGGGACGCUGUGAGACAUAGCCGCCGGACGUUGUGGCCCGUUGUCCCUGAUGACAUGGAGCCCCACCCCAACCCCCCCAGCCUGCUGUCCUCUGUCCCCUCCAGCCUCAGCCUCGCCUCUGACUCCACCAGCUCCAUGCACAACAGUGAGAGUGACUCCACACAACCCAGUAUGUACAUCAUGGACGAUGAGAGGCUGGAGAACUGUGACCUGUCGGACGAUCCUCCUAUGUACAUGAGACCCAAGUACAAAGACCGCAGCCCCUUCAACCUCCUGGCCUCCAGCCGCUUCCGCAACCGCCUCCUCCACUCCCUGUCGCUAUCUGGGAAGAAGCUCCGCAGCAACAGCGACCCCAAGGGCAUUCCCAGGGGCCGCAGAGGAGGGGUAGAGGGGGAACAGAGGCGCAAACGCACCGUCACCGAGCCCAGCUACAUCUUUGGAUCUUCAGACGUCUUCCCAAUCUAUAAUGAUGGCCACCUGCCCAAAAGCCCCUCUGUCAACCUAGAAACUUCCUUUGUGGGCACCAAGGCAUCUGAGAACCGGGGCAGCACCCCCAGCUUUGGGGAGGGGGAGGGGAGGUUGCCAGGCCGGUCAGUGGGGGUAGGAGGGUCAGGGGUGGGUGAGAACCAGAGAGAACAGGCUAGCCGGGAGCGCCUGGCCGGGUAUGGCCCGUCCGGAGGAGGCGGGGGGACUCAGUUUAAAUCGCGCAGUCAGAGCUUCAACACGGACACGACCACCAGCGGCAUCAGCUCAAUGAGCUCCAGCCCCUCCAGGGAGACCCUGCCCUCCACCAUCGACACGGACGGUGUCAGCAUCAACAGUGUGAUCAGCGCCCAAACCAUCCAGACCCUGACCUCCCUCACCCCCCAGCCCCACACCGCCCACCUCUCCUCCCUGUCCAAAUCCAGCUCUGCCUCCCUGGUGCCCCCCGGCUCCUCCCACACCCUUCCUCGCCGCGCCCAGUCCCUCAAGUCGCCCUCGUUGACCACCCUGAGCGGCCUAACGGACUGCAGCCUCAUGUACUCCAACUCCCGGGACGCGCUGGGCUACGCCACGCUGAAGUACGCAAGUUGUCGUGACACGUACGCCAGUCAGCGUGAUGCGCUGGGCUACGCUACGCUGAAGAGGCUUCAGCAGCAGAGGAUCCACUCAUCCCUGUCCCACAGCGAGGCUCUGGCUUCCCCAGCCAAAGACAUGCUCUUCACCGAUACCAUCAACAUGAAGACUGGCAGCCUGGACUCCAGACUCACCCCAACGAGUAGGUGCUCAGUAAAAAGGUUUGGCUGUUUGGGUCACGGUGGGUCAGCUGGGUCCAGUCGCAGGCCUGUCAGAGCCCUCCUUCCACGGUUCCUGAAGGCUCUGAGUUUUGCAUCUCUGGAUAAGGAGGAUCUGCUGAGCCCCAUCAGCCAGACCACUCUGCAGCGGUCCUCCUCAGUGAGAUCCAUGGUGUCCAGUGCCACCUAUGGCAGCUCUGAUGACUUCAUCGGCCUGGCGCUGCCCGUGGACAUCAACAACAUGUUCCAGAUAAAAGAAACAGCAUAUUUCCUGAAGAGAACCAGCCCGCCCUCUGAGGACAGAUCUGCCAAAUUCUUCUCUGGAGACUCCGAUGGUCCCAGCCCUCACUCCCGGCAUGCUGUGCUCCGCUCCCAGCUGAGCAUCACAGAGCUGAUGGGGGUGAGCCGUGCAGAGCAGCAGCAGCUACUGGGCUCAGAGGAGACUGGUCUACAGGAACACAACGAUGACAACUGCCUCUACUGCACUGGAUUGACUGUGCUUGGCUUCAGCGCAUCCAACAGCCACCCAGACUUGACGGAGGACCACCCUUUCUCAGAGUGGUGCAGUCCGCCUGUGCAGAAUCACCUGGAGGUCAUGGUCCAAACCAAAGUGUCAGGGGUGUCUGGGUGCAGUGAUGUUAUGUCCCAGGGCUCCCCAGGAAGCACCCGCAGCACUGAACUGGUUUUGGGAGUGAAGUCCAUCCCAGAGGAUGCGCCGGCCGGCAGGGUUCUCCUCAGGAAGGAGGUCCUGCGUCUGGUGGUCAACCUCAGCUCCUCUGUCGGGACCAAAGGCCACGAGACUAACCUGCUAACGAUCAAGGAGAAGUUCCCCUAUGCAUUCGAUGACAUUUGUCUCUACUCUGAGGUGUCCUACCUGCUGGCCCACUGCAUGUUUCGUCUGUCGGCACGCCGCUUCAUCCAGGAGCUCUUCCAGGACGUGCCAUUUAUCCCGAUGUACAAAGAGGCAGAGAGCAUCCUCUCCAUGCCGCCAAAGAACGGAUCGACUGACCCUCCUGCUGAGCCUUGAGUCAUCCUCUGUCUUCCCUUCCCUCUUGCAGCCAGUCAAACCCUGAGUCACACCCCCCCAGUCAAAACCUGAGUCACCACUACUGAUCUACUAGUCACAUACCCCCCCCCGAACUUUUUAUCCCUUAACUUUCAGUCAAACCCCACCCCCGACUUGAGUCAACACUAACCACUGAACCACCCCCACAUCCUCCCUUAAUUCUCCAUACCAGAGUGUGUCCUCCUAGGAUUUGGACACAAAUGGAGAGAAGAGAAACUAGAGGGAAGAAAUAUGUUCUUCCUAUUGACUUUAAGAUCUGAUGGAUGGAUAACACAGGAUGAACAAACACAUGUUUUAUCUGACCAAAUGAGCAAGCUGUGAGCAUUUUAAAAAAAAAUUAAAAUAAAAAGUGUAAAAAAAAUGAAAGCUCGUAUUUGGAAAUUCAUCACCAACUGAACUUGGACCACAAUCAAAUCCAAAAUGGCAUAAUACAAAAAUGUAGAAUGGUCCAUCAUUUCUGAGGGCUUCCUCAGUUUUUCUAAGUAUAUGUCUGCAGCCCAACCACUUAUAUGAAAUAACUUAACAUGUUGUUUUUAGCUCAGCUUCUCCCAAAGUGGAUCCACUGACUUUGACUAAAACACUGAAGAGGACGGGUUCCUCUGCAUAACACUAAAACCUCUCCUCAUCUGGAGAGAUCUGGAGACCAUGACAUUGUGAAUAUCCACAUGUAUAUUUAUUGUACCAGAACAAAGAACAGUGAAGGAGAAUAGUGCUGAAAAGGCUUUUGGUAUUGCUCUAUUGAAUGACUGCAGAUACAGGUAGGCUAGAUGAUCAGUCACUGAUGCAGUUUGGUUGUUGUAUGUUUUGUUGACAUGUGCUGAAGAGGAAACAUUCCUCCUUGCCCCUUGCUGGAUGUUGUUGUUGUUUGUCUAUGUUUUUAAGCAUUCAUGCCAAGAACUGAACAACUACAUGUAGGAGUGAAAUCUACCAAAUUAUUGCCAUUGAACAUCGGCCUGUGUGUUUCAGCACUGAGGAGUUAUUUACGCUCAGUUAUUGAACUGAUGUUUGAAACCAAGGCUGCAUGCAUUAUUGUUUAUUACCUAGCUAUUUAAGCCCUAAAGUAAAAGCACAGGGUUAGGACAUUAGAUUUGGUUCUCGUCAAGGCGAAAGAAGACACAUGUAUGUGACUAUACGGUAGUGUUUAUGUAGUCAUGUUAUCACAUGCUAGACUGCUCCUUUUUCUGCCGUGAAAUUCCCUAGAACAUGGUCCAGGACAACAGUCACUACUUGAUGGCCAAGGAGAAAUUCUGCUUCAGUAUUGGGCAGAAGUAAUUUGCCAUUCCAGUCAGUUGCCAUUCCUUGGGAGAUGCUGUCUGCUUGUCCUCAUUCCGGUAAAACUGGAGAAUAAUGAAACUGGAGCAAACAUCUUAAAGUGGAGAGCAGGGCCUGCCUGAACAUGUGCAAUAACAACACUCGUUUCAUCUGAAAACCUUUCCAAUGACAGCCACUUCCACUAUCCAGAAAUCUAUCUACAUGUUUGUGAAAGUAUGAUGGUUUAAAACAUUUCAAUAUGGGAUUGUACUGGUGUUUUUUGCUAUGCAAGAUGAGUAAUGGGGUGUAAUGUACUUUUUCAGCUUUUUUUUUAAACAUUUUGUUUAGGCAGCUGAAAUGACAUUGCCUUAUUUUUCGGAAUGCUCUGACAUAUGAGACAGUACUUUUUUACUUGUAAUAUAAAUUAAAAGUAAAUCAUUCUGGCCCCAAUUAUAGCUGAAUUAAUUGAUGAAUAGGUUGUGAAAAUGAUAAGCAACCAAUGUUAAGGCCACAAUGUACCUAUGCCUGUUGUAGAGAGAAGAGCCUGUCAAAAGCACCUGCUUGGAUUUAGAGUGCUGAGGUUGAGCUUGGGUGGUUUGGGAGUUAGAUGUUGUUUAGUAACUGUUUUAAAGAAAUGGUGGUUACCAUUGUGUUCAUUUCCAACCUGCCUUGAACAUUCACUUUGACUGACAAUGCUACUUCUAUUGCUGCACUGUUUGUGCUGAUUCAUUCAAAAACAACAUGCACUUAUGACUGACUCAAUGGAAAUGUUUAGUCCUACUGUUUAUGAUGGCCUUGGUUAGUUAAGUGAUGAAGUGGUUAGAGAAAUGGACUGGUGAAAAGAGGAUUUGGGUGCAGUUCAAUUGCACUGAGCAAUCAACAUUCCUCUGUAUAAAUGCAUUGUGUUGAAAACAUAAGUCCUCUGCAAGUGGAGAAUUCUAAAGUUGCAGUACAAUGUACAUGUUUGAUCACUACUCUAAAUUAAAAAGAAAUGGGGACAUUUUCAUUUAGCAGAUUCCUCUAUUCCUUUGUAGAUCUUCCUUUUGUAUUCAACUAACUGCAAAAUUCUAAAUAGAUAAAAUGUUACAUUUCAUAGCAGGUUUUAACAUUAUACUGAUGUUUCAGAUAGCUGUUGAAUAAGGUCAGUUAUUUGGGAACAUAGUUGUACAAGUUCUGUUAUGGACCAAAAAGCCAAACUGACUUAACUAGUUGGAAUUGUUCUCUAGCAAUUGGAACGAGAAGUAACAACCUCAAAUAUUUAACUGCCGUGUGCACUGAGACAUUUGAAAAAAUGUGCCCCUUAUUCUUAAUGUGUUGUAAGUUGACUUAUUCUGAGCUUCUCUAAAGCACUGUAUGGAGAUCUGAAAACAAAUCGUUUUAUAUACCUGUACCGUUUAGGAACAAAGAGACAAAGAUAAAUGUUUUCUCUUGAGGAAAGAUAUAACACUUAAGAAGCUGUAUGACUUUUUUUGACCAAUUUGUGGUUUCUAUGUUUUUGGCAUUAUAUGGGCCAUUAGAAUAAAUCUUAAUAAAGGGAUGCAUAUUGAUAAUAAAAACAGACAUCAACUGCU